AGCAGACAUAACGCGGAGCACUUGCAAGGAUUGCCAGGCACUAAUCUCCAGCCGUGUUCAAUUAAUCCUGCUUCAAGGUAGGGCUUGGAUGGCAGGCAGUCCUCGCUGCUGCAGGCACCGUGCCCGCAGAUAAGGGAUGAGCAAUUUGGAUUGCCGCUGGGAAAGCACACAGAGGGGAGGAAUGUUUGGUGCUUUUCACAGCGGCCAAGUCAAGAUAGCGGUGUUGGAAUAAGCUGUGCUUUUCUCAAGGUGAUUCAUUACCAGUUACCUGUGCUGUAGCACUCUCCUUACAGCCUCCCCUCUACUUGCAUGUGCACUUGUUACAGCAGAGCCUGAAUUCUGCUCUGCCACACCUCUACUUCCCUGGGGUGCUGUCUUGCAGCUCCUUGUGACAGCAGAGGCCAUCACCCCCAUGCAACCCCACUAUGCAGGACCUGCGGGUGAAGGUGAACGCCCAGGAGCACAGUUCCCUCUUGUUUUCUCCUUUGGGAACGGAGGCAGCUCUGUGUUUGCUCCUGGUGGGAGCAGUGAGUGCUGCUGCUGCUGCAGGCUGGGGGCUGCUCGGCCGCAGGGAGCUGCUGGGACGGAGUGGCUUAACGGGAGAGCAGCAAAGCUGCCCUACUUUUCUGUGUUUAAAGUGAUUCCUCUUAAGGGGUAAAAGAGAGAGGAAUAGAAGAUGUAGGAAAUGGCAUCAGGUCCUAAAAGGGCCUGCUUUUCUGUAGCCGUGGGAAAAAGAUGGCUCAGCUGAUGGUUUCUGACUGCUUGACCUUGGUACAAAAGCUGCUUUUUUUCCCGUGCUCUUGUUCUCUGGUGCUGCUGUUCCAAAGCAAGGUUAGGAAGGGCCUGACCUCCAGGGGUCCACGCUGCACCUCUGACCUCAGGGACAGUGCUGUACCUUUUGGGCCAGCACGUUCCCCUGCAGAGGAACAGCAAAAGGGCUCACGUCACCCGGAGCCCUACCUGGGCAAGAGUUUUUAUGGCAGUGUGUCAAUCAGUUCUGCAUCCCUGCCGUACACACUGGGGGUGCUGCAACCUUCCCCAGUGGUGUUUGUCCCUGAGGGAAGGGGACAUUCUGUUCUGACUUGGGGAGGCAGCUGCCUGUCACUGAAGCCAUGUGGAGCUAGCAGGCAGACCAGGGCAGAGAGUGCAAUGGCAAACAAACACUUUGCUGGUGCUUCAAGGAGCCCUGUCCCGUCCUGCUGCGUGCUGCAGCCUUCAGGCUGAGCAGCCGCGGUGUCCGCUGGGGUCUGCUCCAGCAGAGGGAGCAGAGCUGCACGUCCCGGAGCAGGAGCUGGUGGCAGUGACAGCGCUGCAGCAUCAGCUUCCUGGUGGUGACAGGAGUGUCUGCUCGGGUUGAGGACGGCAGCACUGUCACCUGCAAGAGGGGCGUGAGGCAGAGCCUGGGGUCAGGCCAGCACCGUGCCUCAACCUUCCCCUUUAAUUCCUGAGACCUUUAUUUCUCUUCCUACACAGCCAACAGUGAGUAAAGCUCCCCAGGCCAGGACAGCCUUGCAGCUGGAGCCAGAGCGCUGCACAGGCUUUUACCUCAAUGCCGAUGAAAGCUGAGUACAGUUAAAAACCUCAAGUCCUUUGCUUGCAAAGGACAAAGCGGGGUGGUGGCCCAGCAGCCACUGUCCUUAUGGUGGCUGAAGGUAGAGGAGGAGAACUGCUAAUCCCCGGCGCGGCCUCGUCACCAAGAGGAUUAGGCAGGCAUUUAGUGAUCCCGAGCAAGGGGCUGAAGGCACAGCAGCAGGCACGAGGAGCAGCAGCUCCACAGCCACGUCCUGCUCCCUGCAGGGCACAGGCAGCUCUCCCUGCACCUCCUGCCCGGGCUGGGCUGCGCUGCCAGCACGUCGCUGUUCCACCCCGUGCCCGCAGGAUCCCCAUGAGGAAGCAGCACAGACCAGGGGUGCCGUGGUGGAGGCAGCUCCUGCGCACUGGGUGCUGGCAGCUCCUGUCCCUCUCCAGGACGGCUCUGCAGGGGCUGCAGUGGCUCUGGAGGCUGCUGUGGUACCUUCUGAUCUGCUCCACGAGCUGCUGGGACAUCGCCUUCCAGUUUGCUGAGGAGCUGCUGAGCGUGGACCAUGGCACUGAGGGCAGUGAGGAAGAGGAGGACGGGACAGCUGCUGCCGCACUGGAGCCCGGGCAGACAGUGCUGGAGCUGCAGCAGCUGCGUGAUGCCAAUGAGGCCGCGCUGGGGAGGUUGGAGGCGCUGGAGGCCGACGUCCGCUUCCUCUGCACUGAGCUGGGGGCUGAGAAACUGCUGUGGAGCAGUCGGUUCCUGGAGCUGCUGCGGGAGCAGCAAGGGCUGCGGCAGCGGCAUGGGCAGCGCUCCCUGGGGAACCAGCCAGCAUCCUCCUUAUCUGUUGCAAUGCAUCGGGAGUGUCCCGGAACAAGGAUUGUGGUCACUGAAAGUUCCCACCGUCACCUUUCACAAGCUGGAGGAGCUGUAGCAACAGAGGGAUUGCAAAACCCAAGCACUGCCCCAUUUACUUCCUUCUUGGACGAAUACAUCCCCUCCAUCAGCAUCUUCUCGCACAUGUUGCAACUCCAACAGGUCCCCAGUGGAGGGACUCAUCCUGGGGGAACAGCUCGGGAUGGGACAUGGGGGUUUGCUCCAGUGGGAGGCCGAGAAUGGAGCAGCCAAGGCCAACCCACCCCCACCAAAGCAGUGGGGCUGGGGGUUGGAUGCCCUCAGCCUCUCUUCUGCUGAUAUAAAAUAAAAGACAGCCGCCUCCUGCUGAGUCUCA